AACAUCUCCAUACUCAUGAUUUCAUUACAGCGUUGUUUGUUAAAUGGCGGUAAAUGAGCGGCGCUGCACCUGCGCGGUGUUAAUCCCAGCAGCAGAACAACAGGAGUGAUGUUGGAUUUGUCUGGAGCGGAGACUCGUCCUGCGUCCUGCGUCCUGCACCUGUCCCUAUUCAUCACCCCCGACCUCGGGACACUAAUGUUUCUGAUUUGGGGAGUUCAGGAACGAGCCGGUUUGGAGACGUGAGCACCGAGUGACAGACCUGCACUACAUACACUAAUGAGCUGAACACACAGGCAGUAUAUAACUCCACACGAACAGGGAUGUAACACACUCACACACACUCACACACUCCACCUCAGAGACAGAUUCCUCACUGAGAGCGUGGACCACUAAACAAGAAGAAGAAGAAGAAGAAGAAGAAGAGGAGAAGGAUGGCUCGAUGCUGUAAAUGCACCAGACUGCACCUGACAGUGACGGUGCUGAUGUGCGUCCUCGUCUGCACUGAGGGAGUCAGUCUGAGCGACCUGCUGGACCGAGCCUCACAACUCUCCGACAAACUGCACUCGCUCAGCACCUCGCUCACCAACGACAUGGACUCUCAUUUCCCCCCUGUAGGAGGACGACUCAUGAGACCGUCCAUGUGUCACACCUCGUCCUUGCAGAUCCCCAACGAUAAAGACCAGGCCCUCAGCGUACCGGAGAACGAGCUCCUGGCUCUGGUCCGCUCUCUGCUCAAGGCCUGGUCGGAUCCUCUCGCUCUGCUGUCGUCCGAGGCCACCAACCUGCCCCACCCCGAGCGCAACUCUAUCAACACCAAGACCAGAGAGCUGCAGGACCACACCAAUACCCUGGGGGCCGGCCUGGAGCGCCUCGUCCGCAAGAUGGGCUCGUCCCCCGAGUCUCUGUCCUCUCUUCCAUUCAACGGCAAUGACCUGGGGCAGGACAACGUCUCCCGCCUGGUUAACUUCCACUUCCUGCUGUCGUGCUUCCGUAGGGACUCGCACAAGAUCGACAGCUUCCUGAAAGUGCUGCGGUGCCGAGCCGCGAAGAUGCUGCCGGAGAUGUGCUGAGAGACACGUCCCCCACGCUUCUCCUCUGGACCUCUCUGAAUUCACCAAUGACUUUAUUCUCGUACCAUUUAAAAGAGUGAUGCUGAAUGUUUCUUUAAAAGGUCACAUGACUCACUUGGGCUUGUGUGUCCGUAUAAUUAGCCUUUAUACUUGAAUAAAUAAAUUAGAGAGCAGGACAGGUCUGUGGCUUAGUGUCCAGUUACACCAGAAGGACAGAAGGGUGAGUGGCGAUAAAGCGUCUUCUCCUACCUGUGUGUUUUAUGUUUUAUAAUUUCAUUUAAUUUAAUGUACACAGACAUGUAGGAAGUAAACAGAGCCCUGAGUUUUAUUUAAAAAUUCGAAAUUUGCACCAGUGUGUGUUAAAUGUCCGAGUGAGUGAGGUUUAGUUAUUGAUACCCGAUUAACACUUAAUGAUUUUCUUUAGUGGCUUUAAGAUUGACGUCUGGCCCAGGGAGAGAGAGAGAGAGAGAGAGAGAGCGAGAGAAAGAGAGCAAGCUGUGCUCUUCUGAACAGAUCUCAGAUCAGUGUGGAGACGUCUUUCAGGAAGCCCUGGGCUCGAGUGGCUUGUGACUCUAAACUGAACUAUAAUUCUGUUAACAUUAGAGAAGAAGAGUUUUAGGAUUCCUGUGUCUCUCGUACCAACCUCAUAUCUUUAUAAAUCAAACUUCUCUGUCCGCCGUAUUCCAGCCUAAACGCCCUGGUUACCUUCUGCAUGUCUGCGUAAAAUUACUCACCAGAUGACUCAAACCUUCAGAUCACUCUUUUACCUGGUCAUGGGGCUGUGAGGAAAUGUUUGCACUUUAACGUAUUUAUAGAAUUACUGAUGUAGAUCUUUAUCUAGUGUUUCUUUUCCUUAUCUUUACAAAACUGCUGAAUCGAAAACAUCAAUAAAUCUUAA